AUGCUCAUCUCGGACUUUGGCCGCCAAGGCAUCGACCGCUGUGAUGAAGCCUUGGGCGGCCCUGGUGGGCAGAGCAACUGGCAGCAAGUCGGCGCCGGCCGCGGUAGCUACGAAGUGGUUGAGACCUUGGUCUACGUUGGCGAGGGCAAGGGCAACUACAACAAGGACGAAGUGGAGCAGGUGCAGCGGCCGCGGGCGGUCAUCAGUUGGCAGCGCAGGCUCUACAUGGGCAUCCUCUGCAGCUUCCUGGCUGCGGGCUUCGUCUCGCUAGUCCUGGUCUACGCUGACAGCCUGUCUUGGGGCAUCUCAGUAGUGGACUGGGAGAAUUGCCUCAAUGGACGGAGGACUGUUUGGGAAGACCCCUUCAAGCCUGGCCGUGAUGGCUCACAAGGCUUGGCACAGGUGAUCGAGUACAACUCUCCCCUGAGUCUGGUUGUGCUUUGCCUUGGAACAAACGACUUCCAAUGUACUCACGACCAUCGUGCCUGGCUCUCUGCCCAAGGCACAGCAAAGCUGGUGCAGAUCAUUCGCCAGGCGCCCAUCGAGCCGGGAAUGCCAGUGCCAGAGAUCCUGGUCGUUGCCCCGCCAAAGAUCCGGGAGCCUCAGGGGCCGAUCCGCCACAAGUUUCAUGGGGCGGAACACAGAGACCAUGGCUUGGCCGGCGAGCUUGAGAAGGUGGCCAGCGAGCAGUCCGUGCACUUCUUUGAUGCGGAGACCGUUACUUAG